UCUGUGUUAAUGAAAAGAUUGCUAAAAAAUGGAAUGUAAGGUGCAAAUGCCAUCACAAAAGAGACUUAAGAAAAGGAGAGCAAAAAAACUUGCUGAGGAUGAGCAAACAACUUCAGAUUCAGAUUCACCAUGCUCCAGUAAGGCAAGGAAAAGGCAUUUGUCGGGUUCCGGUUCAAGAAGACACAAGGUAGAGACAUAUUCUUCCAGUUCUCUUUCAAGUGAUGAGGAUGAAAACUACCAAGCUAGCAACUGGACGUAUGAAGACCUGAAGUACAUGAAUAUUUUUUAUGAGGACAAAAGCAAACCCAUUAAAAAUUUUGUUCAAGAAAUUAAAGAUGCUCUAAAGGAAAACAAGCUUGUUUGGCCAGAUCCCAGCAAAGUGAUUGAUGUUUUGACAAAACAUUUGAAUGAACUUAUGCCAUUUUCGUAUGACUUGGCGUCGCUCAGAAAAUGGCGAAAGUAUGGCAAUGUUUCAGCAAUGGGAGUGGAGUUGUCAAAAUAUGAGGAGGGUUUGGUACAGAAAAGGUCUAAAGAAUUGCUACAGGAAAACCAAUCUUAUAAAGCAUUGGACCCAUCGACAAAGGAAGUUGCCGACAGAGUUAUUAGAUAUUUGGAGUAUGAUGUGGAAACGUUUGUAGACGGAACGUCUCAACUAGCAGAAAAGAAUCUACUUGAAAAUCCAAAAGGGCUGGGAAGAAAGGCGAGAAAAAGGGCCCGUGGAGAAGGUCGUGUUUUUGAGGAUAGUGAAUGGAGUAAAACCUUAGAGAACCAGUUUCAGCAUUACUGUUCCCUUUUCGUAAGGAUGUUCUUUUUACAAAAAGGUUUUGACAUGCAGACUUGCUUUUCCUUUAAGAAGAAAACUGUGAGGUACACACAUGAUCUGGUCUAUCAUUACUACAAAGAACUAAAUAAACGGGGUCCAGACCAACUUCUGUUUUUUAUAGAGGUAAAGAAUGCAGCAGUUUCUUGUGAAGGUGCAACAAACAUCAAAGAGCUUGUUGGAGAGAAAAUUAUGGGACAAGUGGGAUCAGCGCUCUUAUGCCAGUCACGACAAUCACUAUUUUUUCCAAAUAGCCUUGGUAUUAUUUGUAUGGAAACAAAACUUAUUUUUGUUUUUCUGAAAAUAUCCUUGGAGCAUUGGUUUGGCAUACAUGGAGAAGAAAGAUCACCAACUGAUCCAGGAAUGAUAAUGUACACAGAACCAUUUGACAUGCUGAAACAAGAAGACAGAUUGAAAAUGGCAGACUUUAUGUUCUGGCUAGGAUUUGUUCAAAAGCGCAGAAGAUAUUUCUCAGUAUAGUUUAACGAACUUCUUAAGAUGGUAGAUUGCAGAUUAAUUGUAUAUAUAAGAAAGUUAACAUGUUUUUAUGGGUAGAGGGAAACAAAAAAUGUGAAUUUCAGGAUCCCAGUCCCCCCUAAAGAAGUUACAAUCAGCAGAAACAAAAGACUAACAAACCACUUAAGUUAUUAGCUCUACUGGUCAUAGACCAAGAGAGCUUAUGCGAUAGUAAUGCGAUUUCAAUAAAAGGUGUUGCUAUGGUUACUAAAAAUAGAAAUUUCUGGGAAAUUCUUUUAAAAUGUUACUCCUCCUACAGAUUUGGUCUGAUUUCAAUGGAAGACAGGUAUACUACACUAAAAAUACACUCUUCUGUUUAUCAGUUUUUGACUUUGAGAAACAUUAUUGCCUUGGUUACUAAAAAUAGAAAUUUCUCUUAAAUACUCUCAAAAUGCUACUCCAAAUACAGUUUUAGCUUGAUUAUAAUGUGGCUUACAAGUAGACUACACUAUGAACAUAAAGAGACUUUUCUCUUCCCUUGCUAUAAGUACAAACCAGUAGAGCUUCAGUUUAGACAGAGACUUCUGGUUUUUAUGUAUGUAUUUUUAUGUAUUUUAUUUCAAUUUGCUCAUGAUUAUAUGAUUUUUAGGUCACCUGAGUAAACUCAGGUGACCUAUUGCCAUCCGUUUUCGUCCGUCGUCGUGCGACGUCCGUCGUCCAUCGUGUGUUAACAUUUGAACAUUUUCAGCUUCUUCUCUGCAACCACUCAAUCAAUUUCAACCAAAUUUGGCACAAAGCAUCUAUGGGUGAAGGGGAACAAAAAUUGUGAAUUUCAUGAUCCCUGCCCCCCUGGGGCCUGAGGGGUGGGGCCAAAACCACUAAAAUUAAUGCAAUCUUUAAAAAUCUUUUUCUUUACUUCUGGACAUCAAGCAGUCAAACUGUUUGCAUGAUUGUAAUCAGCAUUGAGUCCUCUACCAAAAUUGUGAAAUUCAUGGCCCUGGGGUCAGGGGUUCUAGAGCUAGGGCGGGGCUAAAUAAGUAUAUAGUGAAAAUGCAUUAUUUCUUGGAAAAUCUUCUUCUCUGCUCCUGGGUAUUAAAUAAACCAACUAAGUACAUAGUUAUGAUGAGCAAGAGUGCCUCUACCAAAAUUGUGAAUUUUAUGGCCCCAGGGUCAGAGGUUCUGGUGUUAGGGUGGGGCUCUAUUGAUCAUAUAGUAAAAAUACAUGAUUUCUUUGAAAAUCUUCUUCUCUGUCCCUGGGUAUUAAAUAAACCAAGUAAGUAAAUAGUUACAAUAAGCAAGAGCGCCUCUACCAAAAUUGUGAAUUUUAUGGCCCCAGGGUCAAGGGUUCUGGUGUUGGGGGGGGGGGGGCUCUAUUGAUUAUAUAGUGAAAUUACAUGAAUUCUUUGAAAAUCUUCUUCUCUGCUCCUAGGUAUUAAAUAAACUAACUAAGUGCAUAGUUAUGAUGAGCAAGAGUGCCUCUACAAAAAUUGUGAAUUUUAUGGCCCCAGCAUCAAUGGUUCUGGUGGGGGGGGGGGGAUUUAUUGUUUAUAAAGUGAAAUACAUGAAUUCUUUGAAAAUCGUCUUCUCUGCUCCUAGGUAUUAAAUAAACUAACUAAGUACAUAGUUAUGAUAAGCAAGUGUUACUAAACCAAAAUUGUGAAUUUUAUGGCCCCAGGGUCAAGGGUUCUGGUGUGUGUGUGUGUGUGGGGAGGGGGGGGGCUCUGUUGAUUAUGUAGUGAAAAUAUGUGAAUUCCUUGAAAUCUUCUUCUCUGCUCCUAGGUAUUAUAUAAACUAAGUAAGUGCAUAGUUAUGUAGUUAUGAUGAGCAAGUGUGCCUCAACCAAAAUUGUGAAUUUAGUGGCCCUAUCAUCAAGGGUUCUGGUGUUCGGGGGGGGGGGGGCUCUAUUGAUUAUAUAGUGAAAUUACAUGAAUUCUUUGAAAAUCUUCUUCUCUGCUCCUAGGUAUUAAAUAAACUAACUAAGUGCAUAGUUAUGAUGAGCAAGAGUGCCUCUACAAAAAUUGUGAAUUUUAUGGCCCCGGCAUCAAUGGUUCUGUGGGGGGGGGGGGGGGGAGCUUUAUUGUUUAUAAAGUAAAAAUACAUGAAUUCUUUGAAAAUCUUCUUCUCUGCUCCUAGGUAUUAAAUAAACUAACUAAGUGCAUAGUUAUGAUGAGCAAGAGUGCCUCUACAAAAAUUGUGAAUUUUAUGGCCCCGGCAUCAAUGGUUCUGGUGGGGGGGGGGGGGAGCUUUAUUGUUUAUAAAGUAAAAAUACAUGAAUUCUUUGAAAAUCUUCUUCUCUGCCUCUAGGUAUUAAAUAAACUAAGUAAGUGCAUAGUUAUGAUGAGCAAGAAUGCCUCUUCUAAAAUUAUGAAUUUCAUUGCCCCAGGGUCUGGGGUUCUGGUGGGGGAGGGGGCUUUAUUGUUUAUAAAGUGAAAAUACAUGAAUUCUUUGAAAAUCUUCUUCUCUGCUCCUAGGUAUUAAAUAAACUAAGUAAGUGCAUAAUUAUGAUGAGCAAGAAUGCCUCUUCUAAAAUUAUGAAUUUCAUUGCCCCAGGGUAUGGGGUUCUGGUGUUAGGUUGGGGCUACUAUUGAUUAUAUAGUGAAAAUACAUUAAAUCUUUGAAAGUGUUCUUCUCUGGUUAUGAAGCAGAUGAACUAUCUAUAUAGUUAUGAUGAGCAAGGGCCCUAAUCUUGCAGAAUUGUGAAUUUCAAGGCCCCAGGGUCAGGGGUGGGGGGGGCUCUACUUAUAUAUUAAAAAUGAAUUAAUUGUAUGAAAUCUGGUCCUUUGUAUUUAUAAAACAUUUAUUUACUUUUUGAUAGGCAAUUUUAAGGGUGCCUUUUAAAAAUUUGUGCAACCUAGGGUCAGGGGUUUAUGUCAGAGUGUUAGGGGCACUAAUGAUUAUUGAUGAAUAUUACUGAUUAGUUGGAGUGCAUUUUUGUUCCCCUACCCUGUGUAUGGGUAUUCAGUAACCAAGCUAAGCAACUAAGUUUAUUGUUAUGAUGAUCAAUGGCGCCCUUUCAAAAUUGUGAAUGCCAUAUAGCAUCUGGCUUAAAACAUGAAUCAAAUUCAAUACACUGUAACUGGAAAGUUGUUGCAUAAUGCUCAGGUGACCUAUAAGGCCCGUGGGCCUCUUGUUCUGUUUUGGAAUGUAUAUAUUAAUUGAAUAAUAAUGAAAUGAAAGUUAUAAAUAUUGUGAAAUUUUGUAGAUAUCAUUGAAUAAAGCUAAUGUAUACAGAC